UUUCACUCUGUGCGUGUCGGUAGGCUAUCUUACCAAAUCAAAACAAACAAAGUAGUUUUCGAUACUUUCUCUGUCAAACGUGACUUCAUUUUUUAUUCAGUGCGAACCAUUUUCAAGUGGAAAAAAAUGGAAAUUUUGGGAAAUAUAAAAACAUACGACUGGGGAAGUCUUGGUAGUCAAUCAAAAGUUGCUCAAUUAGCUCUAAAAAAUGAUGAGAAUUUUGCAAAGGAAUUUAACGAAUCAACACCAUAUGCUGAACUAUGGAUGGGAGAUCAUGUUAGCGGCCCUUCGCUAAUUAAAGCUACCGGCGAGUCAAUUUCAAAAAUUAUCGAAAAUGACAAUUCAUCAAUUGGCGGCACAAAAUCUUUACCAUUUUUAUUCAAAGUGUUGAGCAUCACGAAACCGUUGAGCAUUCAAGUACAUCCGAAUAAGGAACAAGCCGAACGAUUACAUGCAAGUCGACCAGAUGUGUAUAAAGAUCCAAACCACAAACCAGAAAUAUCAAUUGCGUUAACCGAUUUCUUGGCACUUUGCGGUUUUCGAACACCAACGGAACUCUACAACUUGCUAAAAAAAUAUCAGCCGUUGACUGAUUUGAUUGGAGGUGAUACCAUUGAUGAAUUACAAAAGCAACCAAACAAUGAGUCCAUCAAGAUGUGUUACACAAAACUGAUGCACUCGCCCCAAGAAGAAAUUGUAAAAUGUAUCGCCGAAUUGUCAUCGAUUUUCAAGGAAGGAAAGGAGGAUGCUACUUUAACAAAAGUCUUCGAUCAUUGUAACCAUUAUUUUCCUAAUGACAUUGGAGUAUUGUCGAUUUUCUUCUUAAACAUUGUCCAAAUGAAACCGGGUCAAGCAAUAUUCUUGGCAGCCAAUGUUCCGCACGCUUACCUCUCUGGCGAUUGUAUUGAAUGCAUGGCAUGCUCUGAUAAUGUCAUCCGCGCUGGUCUAACGCCAAAAUUCAAAGAUGUCGAAACCCUGUUGGAAAUGCUUGACUUCACUGGGAAUACUGUGGAAGAGAAAUUCUUCCAAUCCAUUCCAGUCGGUCCAUAUUCGGAACUAUUCAAACCGCCAGUGAAAGAUUUUGCUGUUAUUCAAGUUAAAGUGCCGAAUAGCGUUCAAAACUAUUGCAUUGAAAAUCGAUCAAAUGGUUCCAUUAUCAUUGUUCUGAAGGGAAACGCUUCGGCUGCAUUUAAAGGACGUGAAUUAUUCGAGUUGAAAGAAGGUUCAAUUGUUUUUGUACCAGCUUGCAUUAAAAGUGUCGGUUUGACUUUCAAUCAUUCUGACCAAGACGGAUUCAUUGCAUAUCAGGCUCUUUAUAAUGACUUUUAAACUGGACGCAAUCCUACCUCUUGAACUCAACGGAUAUCAAAUGAAAUAUAUUGAAAUUAACCGAAUUUUAUAUUUAUAUUAAAAAAAAAUUAUUCUAAUUUCGUGAUGCAAUUUUCAUCACAAAGCCAAAUCAACGGGCGAGAUUUAAUUACAACAACUUCUCCAUACAAAAAUAUAUGUUGCUCUUUUAUUUUCAACUGAAUUUAUAUAUAAGAUAAAAAAAACGUAAGCAUAUUAUCUUUCUGUAGUUAAAUUAUUUUGGCAGAUGAAAUUAAAUUUUAUCAAAAUUAUAUUUUGUCACAGAUAAAAUAAAGGCUGUAUAAAAUUAU